GCAAUUAAAAGAGGAACAUGGAAACACUGCUCUGCACGAAGUGGCCACCACUGACAGUGUUGAUGCUGCGGAAUUCUUGGUUAAAAUGCUCCGGGAGUCCAUCGAUGGAACGGAAGAGAUCAUUGAAGAUCAUGAAAUUGACCCCUCACGCAAGCUAGAACAGUUUCUCAAGGCAUCGCCAUUUGGUUACUAAAAAGGCACAAACAACUUGGAGAAAGGAGGGACAUGAAUGGCCUGACAGGUUUUCACAUGCUAGCUUUUAUGCCAUUAGCUUUCAGAAGUACAAGCCACAUAAGCAUACCAAAGAAACUCAUCUAUUAUUGCCUUCCGAAGCCUGAUCAUGAUUAUGACGACGACGAAGCGCUAGCUCAGCUUCCAUCAACUCAGAGAGAAGAUGUGGAAACUGGGAUGAGAAGCAGUAUCUUUCAGCAACCAAAGAAACGUGGAGUAUGGGCAGCCAUCGAUGCAAUUUGGAAGGAAAAGAAUAAGCAUGAAUCGGCUCUCAGGCUGGCUAAGUUUCUAGGUAUUAUGCAGGACUUUUUCAAGGAAUUUCAGAAGGUUCUUCCUGGGAAGAAGAAGAAGAAAUAUUGAUACUCUUUCUGUAGCUUUAUGUAUCUGAAUUUCCUUUUUAUAUUAAUGGUGUGUGUAAUCUAUAAGUAUGCUAUCGCUACACUGA